AAAGCAGAAACAAACACUUGCCGGGGGGAUUUGAUUUCAUAGCAACCUGCCCUGGCGUUCCCUCCCUCCCCUGAGCGAGAGGGCGGAGGCUGGGAACAGGUGAACACCUAUCAGCUCCAGUUCCAGCGGGAUGCAAAACAUCACAGGCGAUACCAGUCCUCACUCUUCAGGCUCCUGGAAUCAUGGCAAACAGUGCCCUGGAGAUCGUGGGAAUGUGCGUAAGCCUGAUCGGCCUCAUUGGGGUGGCGGCCAGCACCGGGAUGCCGAUGUGGCGGGUGACGGCGUUCAUCGGGGAGAACAUCAUCGUGAUGGAGACCCGCUAUGAGGGCUUGUGGAUGAACUGCUUCCGGCAGGCCAACAUUCGGAUGCAAUGUAAGGUGUAUGACUCUUUGCUGGCACUGUCUCCGGACCUCCAGGCCGCUCGGGGGCUCAUGUGCUGCUCUGUGGCGUUGACCGGUCUGGGUUUACUUAUCUCCAUCGCUGGGAUGAGGUGCACGGCAUGCAUCCAAGGGAACGACCGUGCCAAGCGGAUGGUUCUGAUCAUCGCUGGCUGCAUGAUCCUAGCGGGCUGCUUCUGCUGCCUCAUCCCCAUCUCCUGGACCGGACACACCAUCAUCCAGGACUUCUACAACCCCUUGCUCAUCGACGCCCAGCGUAGGGAACUAGGGGAAGCGUUGUACAUUGGUUGGGUGUCUUCCGCCUUCUUAUUCGCUGGUGGGUGCAUAUUCACCUGCUGCAACGGCCCUCUGGACAAGGGCCCGGAUCAGAGGUACAUGUACAACAAGAACGCACCUUAUGUGGCCUAUCAGCCACAACCCGUGGCCUACCACCCUCAGCCUCGCUCGGUAUACAGUCACCCGUCUGGGCCACCUUCAUUCAUUGAGCAGUCAUAUCAACCGUCCAGGCAGCAGUCGUUCAUUCAGCCUUCCAGACAGCAGUCAUUCAUACAACCGUCCCGACAUCCAUCCGCCCGCAGCGCCGUGGCUUAUUCAAUGAUGGUUCAGGGCAAGUGUGAACUCAUCGCUCUGUGUCUGGGCAUCAUCGGUCUGAUCGGAGCGGUGGCUGUCACGAGUCUUCCCAUGUGGAAAGUGACGGCGUUCAUCGGUGAGAACAUCAUCGUGAUGGAGACGCGCUGGGAGGGUCUGUGGAUGACAUGCUUCAGACAGGCCAACAUCCACAUGCAGUGCAAAGUCUACGACUCUCUGCUGUUCCUGCCGCCGGACCUGCAGGCGGCCCGUGGGUUGACGUGUUGUGCUCUGGCUCUGUCUGGAUUUGGGCUGCUUGUGUCUCUCGUAGGCCUUCGUUGCACGUUGUGUCUCAGGGAUCAACCGCGGGCCAAAAGCCUCAUUACGAUGGCCACAGGGGUAAUGCAGAUUUUAGCAUCCUUUUGCAUAAUCAUUCCUGUCUCUUGGACGGCCCACACCAUCAUUAGAGACUUCUACAACCCUCUACUGAUAGACGCCCAGCGCAGGGAACUAGGAGAGGCGCUGUAUAUCGGUUGGGUAACUAGUGCUUUUCUGUUGGCGUCUGGAAUUAUAUUUCUCUGUCGUCGUGUUGAACCCAAACCAGUCUCAUUUCAUGCUCGUCCACCAGCUAACAAACCCAUUUUAAACCGCGUCCAGACCUUUAACUCUAUGAGACACCAGCCUUUGGUCCAGAGCAACAGUCUUUCCAUUCAACAGCCUUCGGCGUCCGUGUUCAGCUACGCCAUUACGCCCUCUAGUGGUCAACAUUCACCCCACAGUAUGCAGGCCAUGGCCACGGGGUCUUUAGUGUACAGUCAGAAUGGUCAGAAUCCAAACUAUUAUGGCCAAAAUGUGAUGCAGUAUGUACCCAGGAACAGACAUUACCCGCUUCAGCUUUCCACGCACUUUAAAGAAAGCACUGUCAGUGAUCCGUACACUUCAUACACCACCGGAUCCACGUUUCAUCCUGCGCCACAGAAUCCACUCUUCGUAGGGUACAACUACUCCAGGAUGCAGUCAUACAGCAGCUCUGCAUUGCGUAUAUAA